AACUUCCGCUUACGCAAAUAGUACAGCUAAUUUGUGCUCUCAUUCUGGAAUUGUCCUUCUUUCAGAUCAUUAAAACUCCCUACAUGCUAUCACAUAAAUUUCAGUGGAAUUACAUUCAAUCUAUUGAUCCUCCGGUCCAUAGAGACCGGGAUGCCGGUUACUAACUUUCUCACUGGAAUUGGAAAUUUCUGAAGGGGUUUCUUUUUCGCGCGCUCCGACUUUUUUCUUCUACACCUUAUCUCUUCGCUUAUCGGGUGAAAAAAAUUUGAUCCAGAUCCUUUGCUGUUGCUGGUGGUUAUAAGUACAAGCCAAAAGGCGGAGAUAGACAAAAAGCAGUCAUAAUUGGUUCUGUUGACUCCAAUCUUCAGACAUUGCACAUCUUAUAUCGCAGUCUCUAUUGAUUCCAGUAGACUUCUAGCUCAUAAUUUCUUGAAUCUUCCAUCUCAUCAUCUCCCCAGCAAAUUUCAACAACAGCAAUAUAAUCAGUUUCUACAGCAUUUAUACCCUUGAAUCCACAUUCAGCUAAUAAACUAUAUUGUCAAAUAUGCACGGCCCAACUUCUGUCCACAAUUUCCUUGACAAAAGGCAUCUGGUAACAUUCCACUUGGGCUGGUCCACUGCCAUUGUCUGCUUGGGUACCUUACAGUUUGGAUACCAUUUGGCUGAACUAAAUGCCCCUGUAGACAUCUUGUCGUGCAAAUUCCACAAGCCGGGACCGCAGCCAAGCUACAAGCACACCUUCUGGGGCCAUAAUGACUUCAAACAAUGUAUCCCCAUGUCUGAAGAAGGCAUCGCGUUGAUCACCACCAUGUUCACUGUAGGAGGGUUGGUCUCCUCGAGCAUUUUGGGCUCGACUUCCAUUUCUUCUACUUACGGAAGAAAACAUACAUGUCAAUUCAAUGCUAUUUGCUACUUUAUUGGCUCUACCAUAAUGAUGUUGGCCAACUCAGCUCUUAUGCUUAAUGUAGGCAGAUUCUUGAACGGAAUUGCUGCUGGUUCAGCUUUGAUCAUGUCGCCAAUUCUCAUCAACGAGUUAGCUCCAGUCAACCGCCGUGGUUUGUUGGGAUCUUUGUUGCAACUAGCUGUUACUGUUGGCAUUUUCUUGGCGCAAGUAGUCUCGUAUUUCUUCUCCAAUGACCAGCAAUGGAGAGUCAUAUUUGCUUUUGCUGCUGGGAUGGGCUUGCUUCAGUUUGCUUUGUUAUUUUCAGUAUCAGAGUCUCCCAAAUGGAUGGUUGUCCAAGUCGGCGACCACAGAUCUGCUACCGAUAUCUUACAUGCUUUGAGAAGUGAUAGAACCACUGUAGACUACGAGAUUAACCAUUGGAGACAACUCUCUAGUAGAACCAACUUGACUCAAUCUCCUUCAGAAACUUCAGCCUUGUUGAGCGGAAGUAGUAUUACCACCAGAGAGUUCAUGUUUGCCAGAAAGUACCGUGACCAGUUUCUUGCUAUUGUAGUGAUCAUGACUUCACAGCAGUUGGUGGGUAUGAAUGCCAUAGUAUACUACGGAGUGAGAAUUCUUAACAAUUUAUUCGGCAAUCAUAGUUCUGGAACAGACUAUGUUUUGGUAUUGAGUUGUUCGUUUUCGUUCUGUAAUGUGUUAAGUGCCAUUGGUAUCUCGCCUUUUGUGGACAGAAUCGGACGCAAGACCCUUCUUUUGAGUUCUAUACUCAUGUGUGGUAUAUGCUCGCUAGUCAUAGCAGUUGGUAUCAUAAACCACUACGACGUAGCGGUAGUUACUGCCUGUUUUGGAUUCAUCAUUGGCUUUUCCAUUGGUUUGGGACCAAUUCCAUUCUUGAUGAUAUCUGAGUUAGCAGACCAUGAAGUAGUUGGUAUUGCCCAAUCGAUCGGUACGUGUACCAACUGGAUUGCCAAUAUAUUGAUUGCAUACUCGUUCCCAAUCUUGCAAAACACAAUGGGUGGGUCUGUUUUCUUUAUCUUUGUGGCCAUCAGUGUCAUUUACUUGUGGGCUACUUGGUUCUAUGUUCCUGAAACUAGGAAUUUCAAGACCCCUAAGGAUGUGUGGGUAGCAUUCACAGGAACAUACUUAUAAUCACAUUCAACUAUUCCCAAAGACAUUAUCAGCAGUUUAAUAAAAAUAAAGGACAAUAAAAUGAGAUUCAAUUACUGUACAAAGGUUCGGUUCGAUGCUUAGUUCCGAUAUAUAUAGACAGCAGAUUACAGUAUAGUAAUAUAUAAACUAUGGUUUGAUACUG